CUUAAGAGUACUACAACUCCCAGAACACCCCCCGCCCCUUUGCCUUGUCACAUGGCCAGGCGCCGACCAACCCCGUGCCUCGUUACAGCCGCAACGCCGACCGCAGUUUGUAAGAGGGAAUGGCGACGAACCCGAGGCGGCGGCGUCGUCGGAGUCUGAGGCAAAGCCAGCCAAACAGAGACGGGAGCGGAAGGGGUUAAACUUCCAGGGGUACACGAUGGAGGGCAGCCCUGAGACAGCAGCAGUGACCCCGACGACAGCACCCAGCACCCCCUCCUUGAGCCCGCGUGAUCGCACCAAGACCCCCCCCUUUUUGUCGAACCUGGGCAAGCCCACCCUGCGCGGGAUCCGGAAGUGCCCCCAGUGUGGCGUUUACAACGGGACACGAGGGCUGAGCUGCAAGAACCAGAGGUGCGGGGCGGUGUUCCGCGAUGGGGCCGGGCGCGGCAGCAGCAACCGGCGCCAACAGCAGCAGCAGCAGCAGCCCCAGCCGAGCGCGGAGGCCGUGAGGGUGGUGACCGGCUCGGACCCGAGCUCCUCCUCCUCGCCGCGCCUCUACUCUGUGCGCCAGCGGGACCGCGGCCCCGACUACAGGGGCUUCGUGGAGCUGGGGGUGGAUGAGGCUGAGAUCCGGACCCCCGGAGGAGGGGCCCUGCUCACUCAGGUCAGCUCUGGCCGCUGCUACGUCCCCGCCUGCUGCCAGACAGCCACCCCCAGUGCGGAGCCGGAGAGCCCCUGCCUCCACGUGAAGCUGGCCACGGAAUGCCGGCUAGAAGCCUCGCCGCUGACGCUCAAGAGCUCCGUGCUGGGCUCCCUCCAGGCGUCCCAGGAGGCGAAGCAGGCGAUCUGGCAGCUGGCCACGGAGUCGUCCGGCCCCCUGGUGCAGAGGAUCACCAGGAGCAUCAUGGUGGUGAAGUGCAAGGCCAGCGAGCGGCAUCCGCUGGGCUACCUGCACGCCUCCUUUAUCGAGCGUGGGAAGGGCCGGGGGGGGCCGCAGGGGCCCACGGGGAUGAGAUUCCAGUGCUCCUGCCAGCAGGCUGCGCGCGGGGGGGCGGCUGGUCCGAGGAGAGGGGAGGAGGGAGGAGGAGCGGCAGGGAGGAGGUGCGUCCACUUCUACGCCUGCCUGUGCGCCUUCGCCAGCGACCCCAAGCUGCAGCAGGAGUUCAGCGGGUUUAUUAACGGCGACCCUGACGGUCUGACGAUAAACCCAGAGUCUCUGCUGCUCUACCGCUCUGCUGCCUCCCCUCACUGUGAGCCCAGCAUACCAGCAGAAUCCAAGAAGGUCAAGGGAGAGGGCACCACAGCAGUGAGCGUCCCUCCGGUCACAGUGAGAGAUGGGAGGAGCGCUGGGAGCACGAGGAGGCCUGCAGCCAGGAAACAGGUCGUUUCCUCCGCGCUCAAACGGGCAGGAAGUAAUCUGCCGGUAGACGAAGCCCAUGUGACCCUGCCUUUCCACCAAUGGCUGGCCAGCGUGACGGAGCGAAUCCACCAGACCAUGCACUUCCAGUUCGAUGGCAAGCCGGAGCCCCUGGUGUUCCACAUCCCACAGAGUUUCUUCGAAGCGCUGCAGCAGAGGAUUUCUGCAGGAAACAAAAAGAGACUCCCCAACUCCACCACAGCAUUCGUCAGGAGGGAUGCCCUUCCCCUGGGAAGCUUCUCCAAGUACAGCUGGCAUGUCCACAACAUCCUGCAAGUGAAGCAGAUCUUUGACACACCAGAGGUGCCGCUGGAGGUGACUCAGAGCUUCGUGAAGAAUGGCGAUGGUUCCUUCGAGCUGUUCCGAUGUCCGUCAGUUCGGAUGGAGCACGUUGGGGAUGCGGUGUCCGGCCGCUCGGACCGGCAGCCAGCAAUCCGGCCGCUGGAGCUGAAGACCUUCCUCCGCGUGGGGAACACGGCUCCGGAUCAGAAGGAGCCGACCCCGUUCAUCAUCGAGUGGAUCCCCGACAUCCUGCCCAGGUCGAAGGUCGGGGAGCUGCGGCUCCGCUUCGAGUACGGACACCUGCACAACGGACAUGUGGAAAACACGGAGCAGCAAGCGGGACCGGAGCAGGGGCUGGGGCUGUGCCCCUCUGACACCAACACACACUGAGACACUGCGAGCAUCCUCAUAGCAUCC